AAAGACUCAAAUAGGUGAGUUGUCAAGUCCUAUUAUGAAAAGGAUAAAGAUUAAAUUAGAUAAAGAAAAAGCAAUGUAACAGGGAAGGUGAUAGAUUAUCGAACCCUCUAUAUAGCUAUUAUUCAGUUCAGUACUCAUUCUGUCCCUUUUUACUCCUCCUUCAAGCUUCUCAAAUCUGCUUCUGCUUCCAAUUCCAGUUGACAACUAGUAGUUUAAGGAAACAUGGCAACAGAAGCACCUAGUUGGGCUGAUCAAUGGGGGGCUGGUGGUAUUGGUGCCUUGGAAGAUGACAACUCUGGAUCCCAAAAGGACAUUGGCAAGACCAAGAAUUCAGGUGCUAAGAAUGGUUUCAGCAAAGCUAAAGCAACUGCCUCAAAUUGUGUGAAGUGGUUAAAAAGCCUGUGCACAAAAAAGAGUACAUCCAAGCAAAUGGAAGCAUAAACUUUGUUGAUCACUUUUUAAUUUCAGCACUGUGGCAUAUACCAGUUUUGUAAUUUUCUUUCAAUUUUAGUGAUUUAAAGGUGUUUUCUUCAGUUAUGCUGGAUUGAAUGGCCUAACAAGUUGAUUCUGGAGCAA